AUGAUGCAAUUUGAGCAGCUAAUAAAUAAUAAACAUUUUGUAUUAUCAUUCAUUGAUACUCUUGAAUCUCAAAAAACUUUUAGCAUUCGCGACAAAGUCAAUGUUGCUUCUUUACUUAUGGUUGUUUAA